ACCUUAUCUAGGAUUACCAAACCAGCGAUCGGCGACAAACGGGACGUUGCCAUCAUGAUUGUUUUCUUCAUUUUCAGCUUAAUUUGUCUGUGUGCCAAUGGAUUCUUGAUGGAUGGAGUUCAUAAUAUUCUUAUCAAUCCCACUGGCACGCCGAACCCUCUACUCAAUUGCAACCUGAAACCAGCAGAUAUUGUUUUUCUAUUGGAUUCUUCUGGAAGCGAAGGAUCGCGUCAUUUUCGGGAACAAUUAAAUUUUGUUAAAACAUUUGUUAAGGAAUUUGAUAUUGGGCCUUCAAAUGUACAAAUUAGUGUAGUUUCCUUUUCAACAAGAGUUCGCGAAAAUUUCGAUUUAAAACGUUACAAAAAUAAAGCCGAUCUUCUGAAUGCCAUUGACAGAAUUCCGUAUCUGUCCGGUUCCACACAUACGAGUGAUGCAAUCACCUUUGCUCUUCAGCACAGCUUCACCCCAACCGCUGGGGACCGCGCACCUGUGACUGACGUCAUGUUCGUAGUGACAGACGGACAGUCCCAACGACCUGUUAGUACGCAACAAGCAGCUAACUUGGCUCACAAAGCUGGCAUUAAAACAUUUGCAAUAGGAGUUGGAAAUUCUAUAUCCAAACAAGAACUUGAACAUAUAGCCUCUGAUCCACGACACGUAUUCCAUGUGUCCACGUUUGAAGCUCUUCAUCAACUUCAGAGUGAACUGAGAAAUCAAACUUGUGAAGCGUUAUCCUACAGUAGUCUGUACUGCUCUAACCACAUCGCCAACUGUGGAAGUUACGGCCAUUCCGUCUGCAUCUCGUACGCACAGUGGGGACGGGACAAAUGCCCCCUGUACUGUGGAUAUUGUACAGCUCAAGGAACACCUACACCAAUGUCAGCGACAACCAUGCCACCAACCGUUGCUACACAACCUAAUACACCUGCCACUGUUACUCCAGGAAUCUGUAUGGAUCAAAUUGUCAAUUGUCAUGAUUACGGGUUGUCUGUUUGUUCCACCUAUCGACAAUGGGCCGAUACCAACUGUCCGCGAUAUUGUGCCUUCUGUAAAGCGCCCCCAACACCUCCUCCCCCAAUGAGCACUACGACAGCACUUCCUACUCCACCACCUCUUGUAUCAGGAUCUUGUGAUGACAAAAUUCCGAGCUGCAGUGAUUACCUUGCUCGUGACAGCAACAUUUGCAACAGAUAUUUAGAUUGGUCAACCUUCAACUGCAGGAAGACUUGUGGUAUUUGUCGUGAUACAUUCAGCACUCCUCCUCCCCUUGUAUUAACAACAUCCAGCACUCCAGCACCGACACUGCACUAUGACCGUUGUGUAGACGAGGUUCACUCCUGCGAGUCAUAUGGACCCUCUAUCUGCUUCAACUAUAGGGACUGGGCCGCCAAAAAGUGUGCCAAAUUCUGUCUGUUUUGUGAAGAGACCACUACCACCACCACUACUACCACUACCACACCAGCUCCCACCACAGAGCCACCUUGCGUGAAUGUGGAUCCCGACUGCGAAGACAGGGGACCGGUGGUUUGUUUCCAAAAUCAGACCUGGGCUCAAGCUAAUUGCCGAGUUUUCUGUGCUUUUUGUACACCUCCAACUACGACCACAGUUCAGACUUUGCCAACCAUAACAGUACCUAUGACGUCACCUCCCGCCACCCAGCAACCGUUCCCGACUACCGCUGCCCCCGCCCCCACCACAACUACAAAUGAGCCAUCGACAAACCCGACUAUCAUUGUGAUUGGAUGAUGUUUUGAAUAAAUCGUCAAAUGUGCAUAA